UCCAACCCACACAAGCACCAGCAGGCAAGGACCUGGGCAGGACACCAGCCCCAGCAGGGAGACGAAAGAGGAAGCACCCGAUGCGAGUCGCUCCUCUGAGGGCCAGGCAGGCAAGGAAGAGAAGAUGGUCUCUGUUGGCCUCCAGCUGGUGGGCUAUGUCCUUGGGCUCCUUGGCUUGCUGUGUGCCUCCAUAGCCACCCUCCUGCCCAGCUGGAGGACCAGCUCCUACAUUGGCUCCAGCAUCAUCACAGCCGCCGGCUUCUCCAAGGGGCUCUGGAUGGAGUGUGCCACCCAGAGCACGGGCAUCACCCAGUGCGACAUCUACAACUCCCUGCUCAGCCUCCCCAGCAACCUGCAAGCGGCCCAGGCGAUGAUGGCCUCCUCCAUGGCUGUGUCCUUGCUGGCCGCCAUCGUCUGCGUGGUGGGGAUGAGGUGCACCGUCUUCUUGCAGGGCUCCCCAGCCAAGGACAAGGUGGCCGUGGUGGGCGGGGUGGCCUUCGUCUUGGGGGGGCUGCUCUGCUUCAUCCCUGUGGCAUGGAACAUCCACACAGUGCUCCGUGACUUUUACAACCCCCUUAUCCCUGAGAGCCUGAAGUUUGAGAUCGGGGAAGCCAUGUACUUGGGGGUCCUCUCCUCCCUGGUCUCACUCAUUGGGGGCUUCAUCCUCUGUGCCUCCUGCCCACCCCGAGACCCUCACGCCACUUACUACAGUCCUUACCAUUCUCGAAAGGUGGCAGGCAGGAGUCCAGCAGCACCAGCCUCCUCUCCAAAGACAAAGAGCGAAUUCAAUUCUUACAACCUGACUGGCUACGUGUAAGAGGGCCACUGUGUUGCACACCUCCCCAUGGGCACCUGGACAAUGACCUGCUGCCCUCUGCUCACGGAGGGACUGGACAGGCAAGCAGGCAUAUGCCUCUGCUUAUCCUCCCCACGCUUGCUCUUUUGCCCUCAGCACCGCUGGCUACUCAAAUCCCCAGUUCUCCCAAACGCACCAGGGGCACCUCUCAUGUGGGCAUAGCUGCAGCCUCUUCCAGGGCCUCAGAACGGAAUCUUCUCUGGAGAAAGCCUCUCUGUGUCCAGAAGGACCAAGCAAGGUGCCUGCAGGUGGCGUCUCCAAGGCAUCUUCCAGUGCUCAGCAUGAAGCAAUCAGGGGCAGGGAGAUGACACUGCCCCAAAACUCAGUAGCCAUUGUCCUAACAAGCGUGGCCCUGCUGUGGUGGCCCUGCACAUCCCUGACAGAAACCGCUGAGCGGAGGACACUGAAUGUGAGGAAAGCCUGGCAGGUCGGUGGGAGGGCUGUGAACCAGGGCUGAUGCUGGGCAGGCCGCCUGUGGCGCCACUUGCUGGAACUUGGGGGUGGGGGAGGAAAACGAUGUGUCUCCUGGACCUGCAUGGCUGCUGGCUUCAGCCGAGGCCCAUGAACAAGGGGUGCUUCACCCACCAGGACGGAUGGCGUAACAGAAAACCAAACACCAGCUCACGUGGUGCGGGUGGCCGAGGCUGCGACUCCUCUAAUGGAGCUUUGCAGCACUCGGCAGAUGUUGCCAGGCUGUGGUCAGAGCAGACUGUCCAGGGGUGUGUGGAGGGGGCUUCCUCAUUGGCAUGUGUCUGUAAUUUUAUUGUAUUUUAUGUUAACCGCCCAGAGAGCUAUUACUAGUUGGGCGGUAUAUAAGUUUAAUAAAUAAAUAAAUAAAUAAAAUAAAGCCGUGCACAGGGUGCUCAGAGCAAGCACUUUGCUGGAUCUUCCUGUACCCAUUUUAGGCCCCUGCCUAUGAAGAGCUGUGCCUCUUGGCCGUGAAUGGGGGGGGGGGACACACUGGCCUUGGCAGACGGAACAGUUCCAUAAUAAAGGACCUGACAGAAGA